ACCCACUCCUUAAAUGGUUCUGCAUUGUUAAGGAACCUAUAAAUGCCCAAGCACUUCGUGAUUUUUACGGACAUUGCAAAAGUCUUCAAACCACAGCACAAGUCGCAUAAACAUAAUCUCCAGUCUGCGAAGGACGAGUAUCAGUUGGUGGAAUCCGUCCCAGGCCUUCCCUCUAGAGUGAAAACACUGCCAAGACAAGAGGCGUUUAGCUGGCACGAGACGCUUCGCGCCUAUGGUCUUCUUAUUGUGUUGGGUAGUAUUGGCUUCCUCAUCGAUAAAUUUCUCACUUGGAAAUGGGAUAAAUUGUCAGACCUUUUGAAUGCGUAUAGAUGGAAACUUUCCAAACCUCCGACGACUGAAAUUUGGAGAGAUGAUGCGUUCUUUGGAAGGCAACGUUUAGUUGGUGUUAACCCGUUCGUCAUCCGACUCUGUACAGCAAUACCAGGGUAA